CGCGCACGUACGUAACUGUCAUGCACUCGUGUCCAUCAUGCUAUCAGCUGGGCGUAGCUAGGUGUAUCGUAACUCAGGCUACGAUCUAGCCUCUUGCGAAUUCAACGAACCUACGGCUGCAACAAGUCUUAUGGGGAAAGCAUGCGACUCGUGGAUGUGCUUCUCACGGAGAACAUAUUCAAUGGCAUUGGCACCCAUCUCUUCGCUGCGGUUUCUUGAUCUACUCGUGGAAGUUGAUACAGUCCCGUACUGUUAUAGCCGAUAUGACUAUGUGCAUUCAUUCAGUGCUCGCUUGGAUUGCGGCGUCUUCGGGUUUCACGUCUCGCAACAAUUCGUAACAGCAGCCCAAUCGCGGCGUAUCUGUACAGAACGUCGCGGACCUGUCAGUACGGCGGGCCGAGGAUAUGAUAAGUAUUCGAGAGACCAGCGUUCAAGUUGCUCACAAUAUGUGUACAGUUACCAGUUACUUCCGGCCCUUACGUUUGCCCUUGAGGUUCCCGGAGCUCGUACAUCCGCCGUGUAUAGUCUGCGUGAUCUUGACGUAUUUCCAGAUCACAUUCACGACAGGAUCAAGUUUGUCGUGGUUCAGAACAGCGCAAAUUUGCAGAUACGUCGCCGUACUGAUGCUCGGCAUUGGGUGCGGAUACUCGCCCUCCAGUUUGGGCUACGGGUACAUCAAGAUGACCGAGAACGCAUUGCAUCUCUUCUAGGCCGGCAGGCUUCUACCGUAGGCGCGUCGUCACCCUUAACGAAAUCAUUGCCUGCGUGUAUGCCUGGCAUGAAGUGAAAGUACUGGGGCCUCUGUGCAUAUAGUCUCCCCGGGACUUGAAAUACGUCCCACUUGAAGACGUCAAGCGCGACAUGGUUGUAGGGAUUGCACAGCCAUGCAUCGCGCGACGGUAUUGCUCGAGGAAGCAGCAAAUGGGCAAUCACUGGGCGGAGCCGAGACCAAUAGA